UAAUUCAACUUCUCUUCUCUCUUCUUGGUUACACACACACUUUCCACUUUGACUGUACUCAAAUCACGCUUGCUCCCCUCCUCAACUACUUUCUAUUUCUCUUUCUCAUCCUCAAGCUUUCUCUCUCUUCAAACACUUCUCUUUGAUUAUUAUAGGUUUGUUUGGCUGAAAAGAGUAGUGGCUGUCUGUGGCUUAAUCUUUGUGGAUAAGGAUAAAACAGCAUGCGGUGGUGGUUCAGUCUUUCUAUUGAUGUAUACAGAAAAGUUAUUUCUUUGAAUCUCUAUUGCAAAGUGAUUCUGUAACUUCAAAAUUUCAACCUUUUAAUCAGAAAAGAACCCCCUUUCAAUUUUCUCAUUUUUCUUAUAAAUUCACAAAUGGGAUCCAAUUUCUUUGUUGUUGUUCCCUGUUAUGUUCGCCAGAUCAGCUGAAAAAUCAGCUAUACUAAUUUGCUUUAACCCUUUGUUUUCAUUUCUCUAAUCUUUUUAGUUACCCUUUUCAAGGAUUAGUUUUCGGGGUUUUUGUGUGUUGUUGAAUUCAUUUCAAGAUCUGUUUUCAAUUGGUUAAGAGAGUUUUAAGAUUUUAGUGAAUCAGUUUUUGUAUUUGCAACAUUUGGAACAUUUUGGUUGUUCUAUAUUGAAGGGUUGGAAAGUAGUUAUGGUGUGCCAAGCAGCUUGUCAAACCAGAUUUCGGGCUUUGAAACAUGAAAAUGGAAUGGCAGGGUGCGCAACCAUUAUAGUUAGAGUUAUAGCAUGCUUUCAACCUCUCAGAGAAUGCCAGGCUGAAUAUUUCCGUCAGUUACUCAAACCUGUAACGUAAUUGUUUAGUUUUCGUUUGCUCUUUUUGGGUUAAUCCGGUGGUUUUAGUUGUUUUAAUCAUUGUUGGUGUAAGAGAAACCAAUAGUAAGAGAUAGCUCUUCGUGUUUGAAUCAGUUAUUCUGAAGGUGAUUGUUGUGAUUGAAUGAGAGAAAAUUGUGGAACCUGGACACCCCAGGUUCAAUUUAAUUUGCAAUCACCCAAUUUGAGUUCUUUUUGUGCUCGCUUUGAUAUGGGGAAGCAAAAUGCUGUUGCAUCUGCAGCGAUGAACCCGGGUGUCAAUAUAAAUACGAUUUCAAGGAAUGAGGCAGUACCAACUUAUGAAUCCUCUGCACUACCUCAUAUGCAGUUGGGAAACUCUAAUGAACCUCAUGGUUGGUUUUAUUGUUUGCCUCGAUUUCGACAAGGUUUUACGUGUCCUCCAAACUUCACUUCUGAGGAAAAACUUCCUCCUCCUAGUCAUUUGAAGGGUUUUAAGGAGGAAAUUGCACCCAAUGGGGAAUUAGGAUAUCCUCAGAAGCAGUUCCUCGUCAUUGAUCAAACGGGUGAUCAAACAACUCUCAUUUAUAGUUCAAGAUUUGGGAGCCCUGUUGAGUGCCUCGGUUCCUGGGAUUCAAAAUUGCAUGGUUGUAACAAUUUUAAUGGGAAUAAUGAACCUUCUUUAAGAAGAGACGUGAAUCAUGUGGUUGGACAUGGAUUUGGACCGACUUUUGAUUAUAAAGUUGAUGAAAAUGAUAAUCAAGGAACUGAGAUUGAAAGCGAGAUGCACGAAGACACAGAGGAGAUCAAUGCAUUGCUUUACUCAGACAGCAAUGCCGAUGGUUAUACUACCGAGGAUGAUGAAGUUACCAGCACUGGGCAUUCACCCAGUACAAUGACCACUCAUGAUAACCAGGAACCUUUCCGAAUUGGAGGAAUCGCCGAAGUAGUUGCUAGCUCCUCCCCUGGAAAAACAAAGAAACGUAAGCUAUUCAAUGUGGCUUAUGAUCAUGAUGAUGUGCAGUUUAUAGACACUGCAAAUUCUCUAAAACAAAAGCGACACUUCGACCCCAUGGGAUAUGAUGACGAUGCAGAAUCCAGAUGCUCUGGUAGCAAUUGCGGUCGAAGGUCAUGUGAAAUGGGUUCCUUAACAGGCACUAAGAAGAUGAGAAAGGAAAAGAUUCAUGAUGUUCUAAGCAUUUUGCAGUGCAUAGUUCCUAAUGGGAAGGACAAGGAACCAGUCCAGCUUCUUGAUGAAGCCAUACAUUGCUUGAAAUCUUUGAAACUCAAGGCUAGAGCUCUUGGUCUCAAUGCCAUAAUAAAAGCAGCUAUGUUCAAAUUUAAUCAGAGGAAGCAUUCUGCAAUUUUUAUUUGCAUUGUGGUGUAUGAAAUCCAAAUAUUAGAGCCUGAAACUGUGAAUUCUACAAACACCCUUUUGAGAUCUUCCUCAGCUGUUUUUUUUUUAUGCAACUUGUGUGUUAAGUGUGAAGAAAGAGGGAAAAGCAUACUCACUAUAGUCAUUACUACUACUCAACAAAUUAUGGCACAGUAAAGGGAAAAAAAUGAAUGAUUAAGUCCAUAACUUAGGGGUUAGAGAAAGUAGCACUAACGGAAUAGCGUGGGAUAUGAGCUGUUUUGAAUGAGAAGACUAGUUGUUAAAAAAGGGUAAUCCCUCAAAAAAACAAGAGUGCACGCCUCUUGGCUGUCAUGGGACCCAACUUCACUACCUCUUUUUGUAUCCUUGUCAUGUUCAAUCCUUUUGUGAGUUUACCUUUUUCCCUCAUGUGUACAAUUUUAUCACUACCUAAUGCUAUUUAGCACACCACACCUUAUUCCCCCCCUUUUGUGAGAAGAAGACUGAGACAGACAACUUUGUGUUGAUGAUGAGGGGGACCCUUUUCAUUCACUUCAUGGAUAUGGUUAUUGGUGCAGUUAUGUAACUCUGCCUUGUUUUGGAAAAGCACUUAUUAUUAUUAUUGUUUUGUUUAGUGUGUAUGUAUUGUAAUUGCUGUAUGGGCUACACUAGUACUCUUAUGAUAUCUUUGUUGGAUGUAAUUUAAUGUGGUUGGUGUUA